AUGCUAUACGGUACCUUCUUUACCACCCAGAUGUACGUCAUUCAAAGCACACCUCACGUCGAAACGACCAAUUCACAAAUAGUGGCCUGGACUGAUCCAAAGUACCUUGACUUCAUUGAACAGGUCUACAACAAACGUGGCCAGAGUCUUGGCUACACUGUGCCUGAAUUGUCACGUCUAAACUUGGAAAUGAUUUACUUUUCCGAAAUUUACUUUCCACAGUGUCGGAAAGAUAGUGCAAUGAAGUAUAUGAAUCUGAAGUGGUACCAUUACUUCUUCUAUGGAUGCAGUAUUGAUGUAAGUUGGCAAUGUAAAGAAAGUUCUUGCAAUUUUGGGUACUUGCACUGAAAACCUUCCAUCAAACUUCCAUUUUUAAAAAGUGUCAAAAACGUGUUUUUAGGUCAUUUUAAGACAUUUUGAAAAUGGAAUUUGAGUGGAUGAUUUUUAGUGCAAAAUGCAUUACAAAUCUUCCACUCAACUUCCACUUUUUUAAACAUGCCAUUUUAAUGUUUAUGUAGCAGAUUGUGUUCUUAUAAGGAUUUGUAAAGAAAGUUCUUGCUAUUUUUCGUUUUGUAAAGAAAAAUCUUGCCAUUUUGUGUUUUGUAAAGAAAGUUCUUGCCAUUGUUUGUUUUGUAAAGAAAGUUCUUGCCAUUUUUUGCUUUGAAACCCUUUUUCAUCGACGAAAAGCGAGCCCUUUCGCUCCCUUCCCUCUCCCUCUCUACCCGCUCUCUUCUCUCUUGCCUCACCCUCAAACCCAGUCGAAAAACAAGUUCCAAGCCUAACUUAACCCUUUGGCUUGACAUUUGGAAUAUCGCUUCUCGGCCUUUUGGCUAAGAUCAAAGUGUAGUAUCUGUUCUUAUCGGUUUAAUCUCCGGUACGACUUCUAUUGAAGUCAUUCGAGAUUAACAGAUUUUUGGGACCAGCUGAGUUGCGAAGGCUUGCCUUCCGCUCGGCAAGGGUCGGCCCGGUCUUGCACCUACUUCCGGGAACGGCCCAUAUAUUUUAGUUUUUUUAACAAAAAAAUGGUAAGAACUUCCUUUACAAAACAAAAAAAUGGCAAGAACUUUUUUUACUAGGAAACCGCAAAUAAUGAAAAUCGAGUUAUAACUAGUGGUAUAUAUACGAACAUAGAGCAAAAAAAUCUAAGACUUAUGGUGUAAAAAUUUUUUGCCAACAAUCUCUAGUUUUUGAGAUAUGGCAGGUCAAAGUUUGGUUUUUUAAAUACUUUUGUCUGAUGUUCGCUUUUUGAGCACAGAGCAUAAGCUCUUCAAUGGCAGCGAGCGAGUGAGCCCCACUUGGACUCGGAAGCUCAAGGGUUCGGUUCCCGUGGGCUUCCAAAGGCUAAAACGCCUCAAAAAUGUUUUUUGUUUUUUUUUCUAUUUUAAAGUUAAUAACUACAGUCUUAAAACUAAACAUAAGUAACAUUUUGAACAUAAGAAAAAAGAAUAUAACAAAAUUUAAACCUAAAUAAUUCAUAAAAAAAGAAAAUUCCAACAAUAAUUGUUCAUAACAUUUGUAUUAUUUCACUUUCACCGUUAUGGUGGACAUUAAUAUUAUUGGUGGUCAAGUUGACGUCAGUUACUGAUAUUUCUAAAGCUACUAGAGAAGAAGAGACCUCUUUCCAAAUUCUGUACAGUAAGUUGUUAAUGUCGAGAGACUCUGAUAUCUUAUUGCCAGGAAAUUAUGAAAAUAUGAACGAAUUUUGGGAUAGUAACGUACAAGGAAUGGUGAAGUACACAUCAUUAAUGUCCACCAUAACGGUGAAAGUGAAAUAAUACAAAUGUUAUGAACAAUUAUUGUUGGAAUUUUCUUUUUUUAUGAAUUAUUUAGGUUUAAAUUUUGUUAUAUUCUUUUUUCUUAUGUUCAAAAUGUUACUUAUGUUUAGUUUUAAGACUGUAGUUAUUAACUUUAAAAUAGAAAAAAAAACAAAAAACAUUUUUGAGGCGUUUUAGCCUUUGGAAGCCCACGGGAACCGAACCCUUGAGCUUCCGAGUCCAAGUGGGGCUCACUCGCUCGCUGCCAUUGAAGAGCUUAUGCUCUGUGCUCAAAAAGCGAACAUCAGACAAAAGUAUUUAAAAAACCAAACUUUGACCUGCCAUAUCUCAAAAACUAGAGAUUGUUGGCAAAAAAUUUUUACACCAUAAGUCUUAGAUUUUUUUGCGCUAUGUUUGUAUAUAUACCACUAGUUAUAACUCGAUUUUCAUUAUUUGCGGUUUCCUAGUUAAAGAACAAAAAAAUGGUAAAAACUUUCUAUACAAAACAAAAAAUGGCAAGAACUUUCUUUACAAAACAAAAAAUGGCAAGAACUUUCUUUACAAAACUUUAGGCUUAAUUAAAUUACUGUAUUUUCAAAGAUCUCAAACAUAUCACACUUUACAGGGCCUAGGCACAAAAGAAGUGGUAGUAAUUGGCAACAGUAUGGCCAGAGACAUUUUCAGUGGCUUCCAACAAUUGUGGAGGCAUACUUAUAAACGUCUGACAAUAGCCGCCAACCCAACUGAAGCUGUGUUUUAUACUGAGAAUGCUGCCGUCGGCAACAAAUACUUAAACUUGCUAAAGGCAUGGGAUCGGCCCAUUGAUAUUAUCAUUGUUCAACAGGCGUAGGUUUUCAGAGUUGAAGGGGAGGGGUAAUCAAAUUUUAAAAAUGAAAAAAUUUUUUUUAGAAAACUUUUUAAAAUGUCUUGAAAUGACCUAAAAAUGCGUUUUUAAAGCUUUUUAAAAGUAGAAGUUGAGUGGAAGAUUUGUAAUGUAUUUUGCACUGAAAAUCUUUCAUCCAACUCUCACUUCUAAAAAGGUCCAAAAAGCCAUUUUUAAGUCAUUUUAAGAAAUUUCAAAAAUGAAAGUUCAGUGGAAGAUUUUCAGUGCAAAAUACAUUACGAAUCUUCCACUCAACUUUCAUCUUUAAAAUGUCUUAAAAUAGCCUAAAAACCAAAGUUAACCCAUUUCAGCCACUUUGAAAUACCGAAAGAGUACGUAGACACAAAAAUGCAACAAGCUGCUAGUGUCUUCUACCAUGAAUUGGGAAAGCUGGUCAAGGAGGUUGUGAUGAUUGGCACACCUGAGAUUUGGUCAACCACCAUUGUGCAAAUACUGUUUAAAAUCGUUGAAAAUCAAGAGGAUUAUAACAAACCUAGUGUUGAUUAUGCUGUAAGUUUCUGUAAAUCUAUUUUUGUGACAUUUUGCCAUUUUUUUGAAAAAAUCAAUAAUUUUUGGGACAUUUAAUAAUUUUUUUGCAAAAAUUGAUAGUUUUUGUGACGUUUAGUCAUUUUUCGGAAAAAGCGAUAAGUUUUGUGACAUUUAGCUAUAUUUUUUGUAAAAAUCGAUAACUUUUGUGACAUAGAGCCAUGUUUUUGAAAAAAUCAAUAAUUUUUGUGACAUUUAGCUAUAUGUUUGAAAAAUUUGAUAAAAUUUGUGACAGUUAGCCUUGUUUGUGAAAAACCAAUAAUUUUUGUGACAUUAAGCCAUUCCUUGAAAAAAAAUCGAUAGUUUUGUGACAUUUUGCUAUUUAUUCUAAAAAAUCGAUAAUUUGUGAAAUACAGCUCUUUUUUUACAAAAUCGAUAAAAUUUGUAACAUUUAGCCACGUUUUUGAAAAACCAAUAAUUUUUAUGACAUUUCGCAACAUUUGUCAAAAAUCAAUAUAUUUCAGCCCUACAUAGCACACAAUGCAAAAAUGCGUCGAAUUGUAGAAAACGUACCGUGUGAGAAGUGCGUAACGGUCGAUUUUUGCCGCUCAAUUUGCUCCAAAUUGACAAAUAAGUGUCGUAUUAUCCUACCGAAUGGCAUUAUUGUGUUCAGAGACUACAUUCAUACCACGUUGGUGGGCGGUUUCAUGUAUGCGCAAGAGUUUAUUGACGUUUAUAACAAUAAAUUUGUUGCUUGA